GCAUCGUUUCCAAUCUGUCACUGAUGGUUCUGCUGCUAAUGUUUGUAUACGUUUCAUCUGCGGAGUUGGACAAAACCAAAGCUCAAUAAAAUCCAUCUUUUCAAUCAGUUCUCAUCGGAUAAACUUCGGCAUUCCGCAACGAAACGGACACUCGAAGUAAGGCCGCCAGCUCUGAACACCCAUCAAACAUUGUCAUCAUCAUCCGAGAAGAAGAUACUCUACGAGAGGAGGAGGAACCUGUUGGCCUUGUCCGUGAUCAGUUAUUUGGUUGUGGGGAUAGUUUUCUAUAUCGAAAGAUAGACAGUUACGUGUCGUAGACGUUGCAUUAGUCAUUCCGGACUGAUAAUAGAAGUAAUAGCUAUCAGAAUGAGGGCCUUAAUCCUAGUCGGUGGGUACGGAACACGACUCCGUCCUCUGACCCUAAGCACUCCGAAACCGUUGGUAGAAUUUGCCAACAAGCCUAUUCUGCUCCACCAAAUUGAAGCCUUGGUUGAGGCGGGAGUGAAAGAGGUGAUUCUGGCGGUUUCCUACCGAGCCGAACAGAUGGAAGCCGAACUGAAACAGAAGGUCGAGAAACUUGGCGUCAAGUUGAUCUUUUCACACGAAACGGAACCCCUCGGAACGGCGGGACCACUAGCACUGGCCAAAGAGAUCCUAUCGAAGAGCACCGAACCGUUCUAUGUGCUCAAUUCGGAUGUCAUUUGUGACUUUCCGUUCAAAGAGCUGGAACAGUUCCACAGGCGCCACGGAAAGGAGGGAACAAUCGUCGUUACCAAAGUCGAGGAACCGUCCAAGUACGGAGUGGUGUUGUACGCGGACAAUGGUUGCAUCAAGAAUUUCAUCGAAAAGCCUCAGGAAUUCGUCAGCAACAAAAUCAAUGCUGGACUGUACAUAUUGAACCCAUCGGUGCUGUCCCGGAUUCAGCUGAAACCGACCUCAAUCGAGAAGGAAGUUUUUCCAAUCAUGUCGCGAGAGCAGGAACUCUACGCGUUCGAAUUGAAUGGCUUCUGGAUGGACAUUGGCCAGCCGAGGGACUUCCUGACGGGAAUGUGUCUGUAUUUGAACUCUCUUCGGCAACGUCAUCCGGAAACGCUAUAUGACGGUCCCGCUGGAUAUGUUGGCAAUGUGCUUAUCGACCCCAGUGCCAAAAUAGGCGCUGGCUGCCGAAUAGGACCCAACGUGACUAUCGGACCGGACGUAAUCGUGGAGGAUGGCGUUUGCAUCAAACGGUGUACCAUUCUGCGGGGUGCUGUUAUUAAGUCCCAUUCGUGGUUGGACAGCUGCAUUAUCGGGUGGCGCUGCAUGGUUGGCCGAUGGGUUCGCCUGGAGGGAACCACCGUUCUCGGGGAGGACGUCAUCGUACAGGACGAGAUCUACAUUAACGGUGGCCAGGUGUUGCCACACAAGAGCAUAGCCCUAAGUGUCCCAGAACCGCAGAUUAUCAUGUAGGAGAUCACGACCCAAAGCUACCCAAACGCCCUCAAAGCCAUAGAUAUGAUGAUAACCAACCACGGGUACGGCUGUAUCGAAUUGCGAAGACGGAAAAAGGCUACACUCUCCGUCGAGUUUUUAAUCCACUGGAGAAUUGGGUGGAAUGAAUUAAUCGUGGAUGCGAAUAUUGCGAAGGCCACGUUGCAUUUUCCCGUGCGUCAAAAUCGAAUGUAUAAGAGAACCUGUUCUACAAUCAUUAUUUUAAUUGGAAUAGUUUUAUUUUUCAUUGAAAACAAUGAGUUUUAUUUUUUGCAUUCCAGCUCUUAAUGAAUAAAUUUUUCGCUAAACACGUUUCAA